AUGAGGCCCGAGCGCAGCUUCAACGAAGAUGCGUACGGCGGCGAUCCGAUCGCCACCAGUGCCGAUCGGGGCCAAGACGCUGCGCACCAGGGGGCCUUGGAGUCGAUCGCCACCAGUGCCGCUCUGGGCCCGGGCCCUGCGCACCAGGUGGCCUUCGAGCCGGCGAAGAGGCCGCACCAGAGGGGCGCGGCCACCGAGAGCGACUGGGGCCAGCGUCAGCACCAGGCGGUGCAGCCGAGCGGCCCUGCAGCCAAGCGGCCCCCCGCGGCCGCGGCGGCGCCGCUGGCUCUGUGGUACCGCCUCCAGGCUCGGGCCGCCCCGCCCGUGCCCGUGCCGCGGGGUUUCUGCGUCGCGUCCCGGUCGGCUGCAGCGGCAAACGAGGCGGCCAGGCGGCGCGCCGCCGCGCGGCAUGCCGCAGCCUUGCAGCCCGCCGAUGCAGCGGGGCACGCCGCGGCGCAGCGCGCCGCCCUGCGCGAUCAGAGCGCGACGCAGCACGCCACCGGUGUGCAGACUGCCUCCGUGCUGUGCGCGACGGCGCACCAACGCCAUGCCGGCAGCGCCGCCCCGCCAGGUUUGCAGGCCCCCCAGGCGCCGCCGGGGCGGUGGGCGCAUGUGGGCCACCAUGCCGCACAGGUCCUCCAGACCAAGUCGCAUGCGAGCAGCGUUGGCCAGGUUGACCAGGCAUCAGUCUCGUGCACGCUCGCGCUGGCGGAGGCGGAGCGGAACGUGGUGGAAGCGGCGCAGCAGCAGGAGGCAGCUGGCAACCGGCGAGCCCUCGACCCCGCGGGCGAGGCCGCCGUGGGUCUGCCGCCAGGCCUGUGUGCAGCGCCCGGAGCGCAGCUCCAGCUGCCGAUCGAGCCCUCCCCGGCGCAGGGGCCCGCACGGCCUCGGGCAGCGGCGGUGCCCUCCGCGGCGGCCCGCUGCGCCGACAGCGCGGGCACCGCCGUGGGCCACGGCCGCGCGCCGUGGCAGCUCGAGCGGAGGCCUGCCGAGGCCCAGGGGCCUCGGCCGGUGCUGCGCCUGAGGUUGCACAUCUUGCUCCACAUGAAGGUCUCGGGCUUUGACCUGAUCCCCCGCCUGAUCGGCCACGGUGGCUGCAACACGAGGAGCAUCUCCACCGCCACGGGCGCCAAGGUCAGGAUUCGGGGGCGUGGGAGCGGCCACUUCGAGGGCAAGCUCCAGCGGGAGGCCCCGACCCCGCUGAUGGUGGCCGUCACCGCGGGGGGGGGCGAGGCGGCGGGCUUCGUGCAGGCCGUGAGGAUGACGCUCCAGGAGCGGAGGAGGCCUUCCGCCUGCACUGCCGCCACCAUCGGCUGCGCCACAGGGGCCCCGGCUUCAGCGUCGGCAGCAUCGAAGAGGCGGAGGAGCAGCUCUUGGCCGACGUGCUCAGGGACGUUCCACGGGCCGUCGCUCACUUCCCGAGGGGCCAGAAGCCCCGUGUGGCGUGAGGUGCCGUUCCUCCCUCACGGGGCGCGCCUCUGCUCGUCUCCCCUUCUGGCCUUUCGGCGGGCGCCCGACCCGGCGCCACGCUGCCAGGGGCUGCCACCGCGCGCCCGGCCUCGCGCUGCCUGCCCGCCCCGAGUGCACCGAGGAGCGUGA